AUGCUAUUGACUGCCGCUUACGCAGCUGCCGUACUGAGCAAUGCUGCGCUCGGAACACACAUCUCGAGAUAUGAACGUGAUACUGAGUCUUCGGUGACGGAGGGUGUCUGUGGUGUUGUGAAGAGUGUUACAGAGUAUACUUCACUUACUGUCUCCUUCACAAGAAAUGGAACAAACAUGACCUACAGCUGGUCUAUGGAGACUACAGGCGAUUGUGUCACGUUCUUGGAUGACGUCUUGGAACCCUGCAAGGGUCCUUCUGCCUUAUAUUGCGAGUAUCUUGAUUUCUCCUUCAAACUGCCGUCAACUGGCGUGGCAACGACGCAGUACUCCGACCAGCUGCGGUCAUCAAACGUGAAUGGAAGGGGACCAGGAUCCAGCACCACCAGCUUAAGUACCUCCCGGUCAUCUAUUGAGAUUACUUCACGGCAGACGCCCCGCACCAGUACGCCCUUUCGAGCGCGAAUUACAAGCUUAGCUCAAGUAAGUUUAUCCGUACGUCCCGGUACAAUGGGAGCAACAUCCACAGCUGCACUCUCAGUAUCGUCCACAUCUAUUCAACCGACUCUGUGUGUGGUGAAAGAAAGCGACCUUGAUCAGGGAGUCUGUUACUGUCUUGAUCAAACCAUUGUGCAGUAUUCUAGCUCUGUCUGUGAAGUCUUCGGUGACUGA